AUGAGGAAUUUUUCCCCAACAUACAAAAAUGGUGGACCAGAAAGUAAUUUUCAGGGUUCCAAAAUGUUCUAUUUAAAUUCAAAAUUAAAAGAAAUUAAGCAUAAAUUACUAUAUUGGAACAAGGAAAGAUUUAAGAACAUCUUCGAGGAAAAAUUACGAAUUGAAAAAGAAAUGGAGAAUGUAAACACAGAAGUAAUUCGACAUGGGAUGGAUCAAGUCUUAUACGAAACAGAGAAAAGGCUCCUGGGUGAGUAUGAGGACACUUUAGCCAAGGAAGAAAUUUUCUGGAAACAAAAAUCCAGAGAAGUUUGGUUGAGUGAUGGAGAUAAAAAUACUAAGUUUUUUCAUAAUAGUGUUAAGGUGAGGAGAGCCAAUGAGGAAAACCAGAUUAUCAUAGAUCAAAAGAUGAUUGCGAAGGAUGCAACCCAAUACUUUAGAAACUUGUUGAAUAAUUGGGAAUACUCGGAUCUCCCACACAAUCGGGAUUUGAUUAAAAACAUUCCUAAAAUAUUAUCAGAAGAGGAUAAUAAGAUGCUUAAUGCUAAAAUCACCAAGGAAGAAGUAAAACAGGCUCUAUUCCAAUUUUCAUGGGACAAGGCCCCUGGACCAGAUGGAUACCCUGCUGGCAUAUUAUAG